AUUUUUAUCAAUUGAUCGAAACGGUGUGCAAUUUUUCAUUGAUAAAAACAGCAGAAACACUUCUGUCCUUUGGAAGGCAAAAAUAAAGUGUGUGUUGUACCUCUGAUCGAUAUCAAUAAACGUCGAGUUUGUUCCGAGGAGAAAACCACUGAUAAACAAGUGCAAUAAUGUCGAGCAAAAUUGAGGAAGCCCAAGAACAUAUUCGACAGGCAGAAAAAAGUUUGAAAACGUCCCUGCUCAAAUGGAGACCUGACUAUGAUAACGCUGCUGACGAGUAUAACAAAGCUGCGACAUGCUUCAGGAAUGCGAAGGCUUUGGAUCAGUGCAAGGAUUGUCUCUUGAAAGCGUCCGAGUGCCAUCGUCAAAAUCGAGCAAUCUUUCACGCAGCCAAGUGUCUGGAUCAGGUUAUUCUGAUUUGCAAGGAUAUGAAUAAUCUAGGCGAAGUACGCAAGUAUGCGGAGAAAGCUUGCAAUCUCUACCAACAGCAUGGUUCACCCGAGUCGGGUGCGUCUACAAUGGACAAAGCUGCUAAGAUUCUCGAAAGCACCCAUCCAGAGGAUGCCUUGCAGUUAUACAAACAGGCCGUUGAUGUAGCGACGAUUGAGGAUUCCUCGAGGCAGGGAGCCGAGUAUGCCAGCAAAGUGGCUCGAAUUCUAGUCAAGCUCGGCUUGUAUGAUCAGGCAGCAGAUGCAAUACGGCGAGAGAUAGGUCUCCAUCAGCAGGUUGGAUCUGACGCCGCAAUUGGCCGGCUGGCUGUGGUUUUAGUGCUGGUACAAUUGGCACGAGGAGAUUAUGUGGCCGCAGAGAAAGCCUUUAAAGAGUGGGGCAAUUGCUGCGAUGCACCCGAGGUGCAGACACUCGAGUCGUUGCUUCAGGCCUACGAUGACGAGGAUCCAGACCUAGCCGCCCGUGCAUUAGCCUCUCCCUUCAUCCGGCACAUGGAUGUCGAAUAUUCCCGGUUGGCUCGAGAUUUGCCCCUGCCGAAGGGGAUUGCAACCGCACCAAAGGCUAACGUUAUCGAGAAUGCGACCGCAUCGUACGUAUCGCCGAAUAGCUCCAAAGGAACCGAUUCCGCGAAGCCCGCCAACGAUGCAGGGCUCGACGAUGAGGAAGAAGGUGGCCUGUGUUAAUAUGUGUGUUCGCAAAAUCCGAUCGAGCGUGUUGAGAUGUAUGACAGAGGUAAAGUUAUCACGAUAAAAGUCUUGUUUUUAAUAAAGAUAUUUAUACAUAGAUACGUUAUGAAUUCAUAAAAAUUCAAGAUAGAUCAAGAGUGUAUAUAAGUGACUGUUAUGUUUUACGAUUCUACAUUUAAUUACCUUGGUGGGCAUAUAUAUUUGGUAGUUCAUUUAUUUUCCUAUAAAAAUAAAAAAAGUAUUCAGUAACCUCUUAAGGUCCAUUUGCUUUUAACGGAGCGUCAAAGUCACGGUAGGAAACGACGACAUUUCAAGCUAGAUUUGCAAGUUACCGUUCUCCUACAUAACACUAGACUACGUUAAGUGAAAAUGGACUUCUACUCUCGAUACACUAGAAAAUAAUAGUUUUGGAACUUCUGGAGGAAUAUGCUCUGCAUCUUUGUAAUAAAGUAUCAAUUAAGAAAGUUUAAAAAAGGAAGUCGUAAAUCGAAUAAUAAUCGGAAUUUAUUCUAGAAUAUAUUGGAAGGAAAGAAAAAGCAUGGAGAUGUGGUUCGUAGCGUACUUAACAAUAUUUCCGCUUACAUUUUAUCUUCUACAUUGUUAGUGUGUGCACUAUGAGCAAGGAAGGGAUUUGAAGCGGUCUUCGGAUUGGGCGGAAAACGCCCACAUAUUUGUUCAUCACCCAAAAUCUCUGUUAUUUUUACGGUUGGUCCGUGUAGGUUUGCUAGUUCGGGUAAUUGUUUUAACUACAAAACUACAAAAGUCAGAAACAGAACACGCCUGACUGAAACGAAUGUGUGAUUAACGAUGAAAAUCAAAAUGAUACUCACAUUGUUUGACCAUUUAUUUCCAAUCCUAACAUCUAAACAGCAGUUGUUGAGACUAUGAUGCUGGGUUUCGAGCAUCCCCAAAUAUCGUUUUGGAGUACUGCUUCGGCAAAUUUAGCAUUUGCGUUAUAUUGGAACCGGACUUUGAAAUUGCCAGGAGUUUGAGUACGAUUUUUCUUUGCUUAUUCCCUGAAAUGCGAUGAUUUGUCUCGAUGAAAUUUGCCUCUGACGGAUUUCGCGCCAACUCGUAUCAGUAUCAGAUUUUGAUGAAAUGGUAGACAAAUGGUAGAUAAAUAUGUGCCCUACAACUCAUCCAUACAUCGCAACUUGUGCAUGUUUAAGGCAAAGAAGUUUUCCUAACAAAAACUUUUUCAAUAUUUUUUCUUGAAAACUUUCUAUUUUUUUUACAGCUAUAGAAAAAAACCAAUAACAGGUAGAAAUGGAUUUAUGGUGACCCUUGGAUGCUAAAGUAUAGUUUUCAGCUUGUUUUUGUAGUCAAAUACAAUUAGUUGCAAUUCAGAGAGCAACGACAGCUCUCAAACAAUAGCCAUCUGCCAAAAAUAUCUUGAUCGGUCGGUCAAAUAUCGAAUAGUUGUUGUAGAUUUAGGUAUCUAUAAGGAGUCAUUGAAACUAUAGUGACUAGUUAUUAUAGAAAUAUAACAUUGAAUGAUAAGUAGGUUAUAUUGAGUUGUACGGCUACUGUUAGAAAGUAAAAUCAAUAAAGGAUAGGUGCGGUAGUAUUGGCAAGUGCAUCAGCAUUGGCACCAUUCUCAUAAGUACAAUGGUAUCAGUUUUGGCACUACUCCACUAUUGCCAACACUACCACACGUAUGCAUUAUCGAACCCCAGACCAUUUGAUGGAGCUUGGGAAUCUUCAAUAUUUUGGUUCUCUAUUUGGUCUAUCUAUUGUGAAAUUUUCGAGAAAAAAUUUUGAGAAUGUUUUUGUUAGGAAAACCUUUUUGCCUUAAAUAUGCACAAGUUGCGAUGUAUGGAAGAGUUGUAGGGCACAUAUUUAUCUACCAUUUAUCUGCUAUUUCAUCAAAAUCUAAGAUGACCAUUUUGAGAAAAUCGACUUUUAGUUUUUAAAAUCGAUUUUUUUCAGUGUAGAAUUUCAAAAAAUAUUUUUUCUGAAAACUCAAUUAUUUUCCUAAAAGUCUUCCAUAGAUCACUUUUUUGUAGGACUUACCAUUUUCGAGUAAAAAAAUGAUCAAAAAUAUUCCAUAUGUUAGUCUAGAUAAAUUUUCGGAAAACUAAGUAUGCCAAGUUGCUUAAUUAGGUAAGGUCUUCACGCCCAGAAAGUUUCAAUAAGUUCUGAGAGGGGCAUGCCAACAUCUGGUCGAGUUGGCGCGAAAUCCGUCCUCUGUUGUUUCUGACUAAGUAAACAAUGAUUGCAUUUCCCGCCACUAGAGGCGUGCAGGGGGUUACGAAAAGCAUUUGGAUAUACUUUGAGCUAAGCUUUAUGCAUCCGUUUGAUAUCAGAGACGAGUAUCGAUUUUCUCUUCCUCACAACCCUUCCAUGUGCAAGCGAUGAGAUCGGGCUUUAGCACGCGAGCUUGGGAUUGGCUCUUUCUCUUUUCUUUCAUAAAAUAUUGAGAGGUUUUCAGGCUUCCUGUGCGCGCGUGGCUAAAUUUCGAGCGACGAGUAUUGAUUUUCUCCUCCUCACAACCCCUUCAUGAGCAAGCGAUGAGACCGGGUUUUAGCACACGAGCCUGGGUUCGUCUCCUUCUCUUCUCUUUCGUAAAAUAUUGAGAUGUGCUCAAGAAUACUUCGUUGCUCCUCAACAUGAGUGAUGCACAUGUGUUGGUGCUCGCGAGACUUUCUCGUGUGCCUGCCUCAAAGUGACAUUUGGUGCUGUCGGGAGAAGUUGUGCUUCUGGUGUUAAAAUUUUAAUCUUCGUAAUAUGGCACGUAGAACAAUUAGUGAUGAAGGACUGUUUCACAUAACUAUCGCAGCUAAAGUCAUCCAAUCAAUUCAUUCAUUUGUUGCACACAGCUCGCAAUGAUUGUGUUAGAUAUGAGGCUGAAUAGGGUAAAGCACAUUGUCUCUUCUACGUGCUGUGCGAGAUCUCAGAAGGCCUAACCAAAUGUCACUUGGGGCUGGUACACGAGAAAGUCUCGCGAGUACUAAUGCACGAGCAUCUCUUCAUGUACACAACACAUGUGCGUCGUUCGCAUCGAAACGCGACGAGGCAUUUCCUGAACACAUCACAAAAUUUUACGUAAGAGAAGAGAAAGAGCCAAUCCCGAGCUCGCGUGCUAAAGCCCGGUCUCAUCGCUUGCACAUGGAAAGGCUGUGAGGAAGAGAAAAUCGAUACUCGUCUCUCGGAAUUUCAGCGCGCACAGGAAGUCUGCUCGCUCGGCUGCCUUCUACCUCGCUCAGACGCUCAGACAGCUCCCAAUGACUUUGUGAGAUGCGAGACUGGAUAACGCAAAGCACACUGUCUCUUUUGCGCGCUGUGCGAGAUCUCGGAAAGUCUACUUUCUAACAUCAAUUUAUCGCGAACUCUAAUUAUCAUUGAUAUCGAGUGGACGUUAGACAUAAUUCUAAACUGCCGGUGGAAAAAUUUCAGCGAACCUCGUGAUAUUUUAAUUUUUGGGAAUUGAAUUUGAUUUGGAAUUUGUUGAUACACAAAUUGUCUAAUUGUCUUUCCACUUAUCACAUUUACUGCAGAAGGAUAAAUGUUGCCUGACAACAACUAACGAAUGCGAUAGCUUACAUUUUAUAAAAAUAGCAAUAUUUGAGACAUCCACACAUGAAAUACUUUAAGUUGAAUACUAUACCACAAUGUAUUUCUUUGCUUUUCAUUGUUCCUUCCUACAUGUUCCUUCCUAUCGAAUUAAUCCAAAUCUAAAUAAUUCCGACACUCUGCUAUGAUUGCAUAUUAGCUUCUAUAUGAGUGCGGGCCAAGUCGAAGUCCACUCCGAAGAUUAUUAUGGGGUCGACCGAGAGACGGAAAACCAGAUGUUAACACACAGGUAACAAAAGAAAGGUGAAAACCUGCAAAUCAAUAUACACUGAAGAAUGCUUUGACAGGGCAUCAUUGUAAAUCUACAAUAUAAGGUUAAUCCUACACAAUAUUAGGAAACAACAGGUAGUCUUACAUAGCUUCAACGUUAUGAGUAGCGCUCACCAGAAUUUGUUGAAGAGAGUCGGAAAAACGGUGCCAGUGUACUAUCAGGAAAAGCAGUUGAGAGAUUGAACAGAAAAAAAAUAUUCCAUUUACCCUAGCAAACAGAUGUUGCUUUUCGAAACUAGGCACGUAAGAGAGUUUAUACAAGGAAUUCAAUCAUGCUAAUGUAUUUUAAUAUAAAAUUGCGAUUGCCACUCCGAAACAAAACAAGAUUCGGUACUAAUUCAGUAAAGGGAGAAGAAAUUUAAAACUUAUAUCAGAUUUGAAUUCGCUUUGUAAGUUAUAAAAAAAUCAAAUUGAUUGGGUUAGUCUGAAUGACAAACCGAUCGUAUUAACGAUUCUAUAGCAACAAAAGGGCUAUCUAAUCUAAUGAAUCUAAGAGAAGCGAAAACCGUAUUUAUUGAAAUUAUAAUAUCAUGUUGAUACAUACGACU